UCCCCCUCUUCAGGGCAAGAUCUUCAGCUGGAAGGGGGUGCUUUGGGGUCCUGGGGGAGUGCCCCCCUGCCCUCCUCCAGGGCCAGGGGACCAGCAUCUUCAGGCAGGAAAUACUCAGACCACUGUGAGGCCCGGGCCUCGAGGCCUGGAAAGAGCCGCAUCCCCGGCCGUGACCACCGGCGCUACUACCACGACCACUGGCGGCUGGAGUACCUGAUGGACUUCAACCCUGCCCGGCACGGCAUGGUGUGCAUGGUGUGCGGCAGCUCCCUGGCCACUCUCAAGCUCAGCACCAUCAAGCGGCACAUCCGUCAGAAGCACCCCUACUCCCUGCAUUGGAGUCCCCGGGAGAAGGAGGUCAUCAGCAACAGCUGGGAUGCCCACCUUGGGCUGGGGGCCUGCGGAGAUGCCGAGGGCCUGGGGGCCCAGGGGGCUGAGGAGGAGGAGGAGGAGGAAGAAGAAGAGGAGGAGGAGGGGGCUGGCCUCCAAGCUUGCCCGCCCAAGGGCCCAGGCAAAGCCCCAGCUGGUGGGGGCAGCCGGCGCCAGCUGCGAGGGGGCCCAGUGGCACCCCGGGCUCGGCGCCGUCGCCUCUCAGCCUCCCGGAGGGCCGGGGGCAGCAGGGGGCUGGGUGCCCGGCGCCUGGAGCGGAGGCUGAAGGAGUCCCUGCAGAACUGGUUCCGGGCAGAGUGUCUCAUGGACUAUGACCCUCGGGGGAACCGGCUGGUGUGCAUGGCCUGUGGCCGGGCACUGCCCAGCCUGCACCUGGACGACAUCCGUGCCCACGUGCUGGAGGUGCACCCCAGCUCCCUGGGGCUCAGCGGCCCCCAGCGCAGCGCCCUGCUGCAGGCCUGGGGCGGCCCGCCCCAGGCACUGUCCGAGCUCACCCAGUCCCCACCAGACGAUGACCUCGUCCCCCAGGACCUGACCAGAAAGAGCCGGGACUCCGCCCUCGCUGCUGGAGCCCCCUCCUCUCAGGAUCUCAGCCCCCCAGACGUAAAGGAAGAGGCUGGCUGGGUCCCUGAGAGGCCCGGGCCGGCAGAGGAGGAGGAGGAGCUGGAGGAGGGCGAGAGGGUGGGGGUCCCGGGCCGGUCGCCGCGGGGCCGCCACCGCCGCCGCCACUCCCAGGAGCGCUGGCGGCUGGAGUACCUCAUGGAGCUGGACGGCGGCCGGCGCGGGCUGGUGUGCAUGGUGUGCGGGGGCGCGCUGGCCUCGCUCAAGAUGAGCACCAUCAAGCGCCACAUCCGCCAGCGCCACCCGGGCUCCACGCGCCUCAGCGGGCCCGUCAAGGCCCUCAUCGCCCAGGAGUGGAGCGAGAAGGCCGCCCACCUGCUGGCCCUGGGGCUGCCCUGCCCCGAGUCCCCCGGGGACCCCGCCGCCCCCAGCACAGCCGCAGCCUCCGAGGAGGGGGGAGGGGCAGAGGAGGAGGAGCCGGAGGAAGAAGAGUGGUGGGGCGAUGUCCCGCUUUCCCCUGGGGAGCCGUCGGAGCGGCCUGCCGAGGAAGAGGAGGACGACGAGGACGGCCAGGAGCCCGGGGGACUCGCCUUCCCUCCGCUGCCCCCGCCCCCGCCGCCGCCCCCGCCGCCGCCGCCCCGCAGCCGAGAGCAGCGGCGGAACUACCAGCCGCGCUGGCGGGGCGAGUACCUGAUGGACUACGACGGCAGCCGGCGCGGCCUGGUGUGCAUGGUGUGCGGGGGCGCGCUGGCCACGCUCAAGGUCAGCACCAUCAAGCGGCACAUCCUGCAGGUGCACCCCUUCUCCAUGGACUUCACGCCCGAGGAGCGCCAGACCAUCCUGGAGGCCUACGAGGAGGCGGCGCUGCGCUGCUACGGCCACGAGGGCUUCGGGCCGCCCGCCCCGGCGCCGCGCGACGGCGGCGCGGACCUCAAGGCGGGCGCCGUGUGUCGGGCGUAGCGGACUCGGGCCCGGCGGGGCCGGCGCUCUGGCUGGGAGACCCUGCUUCCCGCGGCCCCGCCGCUGCCGCUGCCCCCCGCUGGCCGGGCCGGGCGGAGACUGGGGUUGGGUGGGGCGCCAGCUUCCGCUCGGCGCAGUGGAGCCCCCGAGCUGGCCGGUGCGCCGCAGGAAGCGCGCUCCCCUCGCACCCGGCGCCCCGGCCCUCCCCGCGCAGGGCCCACGUGUCCCGAGAAGCCACAGCGGCCUCCGAGCGUUUGCGCGGAGAGCUUCUCGCCCAGCCAGUGUCCGGCCGCACCCCACGAGGCGAUCGUGUGCCCCGCGGGGAUGGGGGGCGCCAACAGUCAGUGUUAGGGCUCCAAGGGUGGGAGGAGGGCGCGAAGGCCGCGCCGGCCCCUUCCCCUGCCCGGGGGCCCAUCUCUCGGCGGCGUGGCACGCCGCAGGCACGGCUCCCGGGUCGGGGGCGGCCGCUACCCUGGCAUUAUUGAUAUUCUCGGCCGCGGAGGCUUGGACUGAGCGCCGGGGCCCCAGCAGGAGGCGGGGCGAGGGGGCCCGGGAGCCCGCGGGGCGGGCACGGGGACUGCGGGCGGGGCGGGGGUGGAGCUAGGCCGGGCCCGCCAGCCUCCCGGGCGGGCUCUGCGGACCGCGCGCCCGGCCGCCCCACCCGCCUCCUCGGCCACGCCCGCCCGGACCGAGAUCUUGUAUGGGAUCAGCACUUUCUUCCUUUGCUCCUCUCCUGCUCCAGGGCCUCCGUUACCCCCGCAGCUCAGUCAGGCGCUCCUGCUUCAGCGCCCCCGUCAGUCGGAGCCCGGGGCACUGGAGGUCCCGGCAGGCCGCGUUGUAUUCCCGUCCCCUCCCUGUCCCCCUUUGUACGCGGUGGAUGCGCCACCCGUUCUCCGCCCCCAGGGCCUGGGGCCGGGCCUCGGCCUCCCUUUCUCUUCCCCGUGGCAGCGCCAGGCCCUGUGGGGCCGGGAGGGGGCCCCGCGAUCUCCCAGGCAGGUCCGAGAGGGAUGUGUAGAUUCAUUCUCCCGUGGAGAACACGUGGCCCCGAGAUCAGGCCCCUUUUGCUCUUUGUAUUUUAUUUUGAAACUGUAUUUAAUGCUUUUAUAUGAAAGGGGGAGGGGCGGGGAGGGAGCUGUCCCGGUCACCCUUAUGUGCAAAUGUCUUAUUUAUUAUGCGUGUAUCAGAGAUAAGCUGUGAGGUGGUGGAGGAAGGAUCUAAAGGAAGAAGCAGCAAGGACAGAGGCGGGGAUGGGAGGACCCCAACCAUCCCAGGCUCAUGUGUGACUCUCCAGGCCUCUCCUCCAGUCUCUGAACUCCAAUGUCUGCUCUAGAUGUAGCCCGACCAAUUCCUUUGGUUUUAAAGCCUGAGAACGGGGAGGUCAGCGCGUGGGGC